AUGGAAACUCAGACUGCUGCGUGGCUUGAAGCUCCAAAACCAGGGGCAAGGCUCGUGAUCAGGAAUGAUAUUGAAAUUCCCACGCCCAUCGAUGGCGAGAUAUUGGUUAAGCUGGAGUAUACUGGCUUCUGCCAUUCGGACGUCCACAGUAUAUAUGGCGAGACGCCAAUGGACACCGAUAUCGCCGGGCACGAAGGUGUCGGGCGUGUCAUAAAAGUCGGACCAGGGGUGCCGGAGACCAUGCUGAACACGCGCGUCGGUAUCAGGUGGCAGUACAGCACGUGUGGCUCAUGCGAGAUCUGUGCCGUCAAUCCUACAGUCUGUCCGAACCAACAUAACUCAGGACGUGACGUGAGGGGAACGUUUCAGCAAUACAUCGUGGCACCAGCCAAGCAGGUCACCAAGAUCCCAGUGCAGCUCAAGUCAGAAGUCGUUGCGCCACUGUUGUGCGCCGGACUCACGCUAUACUCUGCCAUUGCGAAGGCACAUCUCAGUCCAGGUGAAUGGCUUGUCAUUCCCGGGGCUGGUGGUGGACUCGGCCACCUUGGUGUCCAGAUUGCCUCUAAACGCGGGUAUAAAGUCAUUGCAAUAGAUACUGGAGAGGCCAAGCGAGAAAUGUGCCUGAAACUUGGGGCAACGACGUUUCUGGAUUUCAAGACUAAUAAGGUCGAGGAAGAGGUAAAGAGAUUGACCAACGGGUUCGGAGUUCAUGCUUGCAUUGUGACAGCAGGCUCAGAAGCUGCAUACACUGAAGCAUUCAAGCUCGUGCGCCCUCUCGGCACCCUAGUAUGUGUGGGAUUGCCUAGACUGGAUUUUGAUCUGCCAAUCUCGCCGUUCAUGAUGGUCGUCAAAGGUCUCCAUGUGGUGGGUUCUUCGGUAGGCACCGACAAAGAGAUGGAGGAGCUGCUCGAAAUGGCGGUGCACGGGGAUGUCGUACCUCAAAUUGCUGUUUUCGACUUUGACGAGAUCAACAAUGUCAUGGAGAGACUGGCACGAUUUGAAAUUGGAGGGAGGAUAGUGCUCAGAAUACCUCAAUGAUAUUCUUGUAAAAUGCUCGCGGAAACAGUACGGUCAUGCUGGUUGAACACCCUCAGCCUUGCUCAGCUAAGAGUAAUGAUUAUAUUCAGGCACAGAAGGGGUCC